AUGGCAGCAGAUCAUGAAUUGAGCUUGACUGUUAUUGUUGCCUAUAGAUUCCUGUUUUCAACCUUCUUCAUUGUUCCUCUUGCUCUCUUCUUUGAAAGGGGAUCCUUAUAUCAAAAUAUUUAUCUUCUAUCCUUGACCUUCGUAUCUGUAACAUAUGUCACAGCUACAUUGAACCUUGCUCUUGCAAUUACCUAUGUCAUGGCCGUCUCAUUAAGACUGGAGAGGAUAGAUUUGCGAACACGAGCAGGGAAGGCUAAGGUGUUUGGGACCUUGAUGGGAAUCGGUGGAGCCACGAUCCUUACUUUCAGCAAAGGCAAAAGAAUCCAAAUCGUGACCAAUCAUGUUAUCUUAAUGAGACACGUGGCAGCAUCAGACGGCACAAGUCCAACACUACUACUCCUACCAUUUGGGGCUGCAUGCUUUCUCUUGCCUCCUGCCUCUGUUUCUCCUCGUGGUUGA